CUUCCCCACAUCAUCUGGCACCAAAGAUAUCAUCAAAGCCGAUUUCUUCAACUUCGGCACCUGAAUGAAGAUCAAUAUUAUCAAUUUAGGGUUCGCUUUUCCAGGGCACAGUGGUCCUUCACUAUUCAAGUGUGAUAUAACAAACAACCAUGUUUCUAUGUCAAGAUGGAGUCAGCGUGAUACACAAAUUUCAGGCAACCUCGUGGAUCUCAAACUCUAUUAUAAAUUCACAAAUCAAACCCAUAAAAAGGCCCUGACAGAACCAACGAACGAACAAACAAUCCGACACCCAGAGGGUUCCAGAAUUGCUUGGACUUUCACAGUAGAGAGAGAGAGAGAGAUGAUGCCGGCGGUGAAAGCUUUUCCGUUCACCGUGAUCAGUCACGGGCUCGCAGUGGUGGCGCUCAUCAUGGUGCUCAUUUGGACCAUUCACUUCAGAGGCGGCCUUGCUUGGGAGUCUGUCAAUAAGAGUCUCAUCUUCAACGUUCAUCCUGUUUUUAUGCUAUUCGGAUUGAUCAUCAUAGGAGGCGAAGCAAUAAUCAGUUAUAAAUCACUGCCGUUCAGAAAAGAAGUAAAGAAGGUGAUCCAUCUGGCGCUAAACGGCGUCGCAUUGGUUCUAGGCAUUGUGGGAAUCAGCGCUGCAUUCAAGAACCAUAACGAGAGUGGGAUCGCUAAUCUUUACAGCUUACAUUCCUGGAUUGGAAUUGGCGUAAUUGUCCUCUACGGCAUCCAGUGGUUGUACGGAUUCGUGACAUUUUUCUUCCCCGGAGGGUCCGCCGAUCUUCGAAGAGCGACGCUGCCAUGGCACGCGCUGUUGGGCGCGUGUGUGUACGUAUUGGCCGCCGCCAACUCGGCGCUUGGCUUCCUCGAGAAGCUGACGUUUCUGCAGAGCUCCGGCGUCGCCAAAUACGGCACUGAGGCCUUGCUCGUCAACUUCACCGCCAUCACCACCGUCGUUUUUGCAGUGUUUGUGAUUUUGUCUGUCAUUUCACAGCCCUCCUCCGACCAACACCACGACGAUUAUAGAAUCCAUUCGGCUAAGUGAUGCGUGUCUGUGACUAUUAUGGUAUUGAUGACCAUAAAAAUUAAACCUUUUCAAUUAACCGUGUUUGCAUAUUAUGCUUUUUAAACCAUCAAAUUGUUAUUUUGCAUUUUCUUUGUUGUGUUUAAAUUUGCAUGCUAGAAUCAUUUAAGUACUCUUGAUCAAACUAUUUUGUGGAGUUAUUCGAAUCACGAGUUUUAUUUCCUU